AUGACUAGUCUUUAUUUUGAUAUUAGAGAGGAUCAGUGGCCGCUUGUGUAUGAUGACAAAUAUAAUGUGUCAGUUAUGGGCCUUGAGAAGUUCCAUGUAUUCGACGCCAAAAAAUGGCGCAACAUAAUACAGCAUUUACAAGAUGCCAACCUUAUCACUAAAGAAUGUCUGGUUCAACCUUUGGAAGCUAAGAAACAAGAUCUCCUUGUAGUACACACAAAGAAGUAUCUGAGGUCACUUAAGUGGAGCACAAAGGUAGCCAUUAUUGCAGAGGUGCCAGUAGUGGCAUGUUUGCCAAACAUAAUUGUACAAUAUGCAUAUCUGAAGCCAAUGAGAUUACAGACAGGUGGUUCCAUUUUGGCUGGGAAGUUAGCUUUAGAAAGAGGCUGGGCAAUAAACGUUGGUGGUGGAUUCCAUCACUGCAGCUCGGACAAAGGAGGUGGCUUUUGUCCCUACGCUGAUAUAACACUGCUUGUUCGCUUCCUCGUGAAAAAUCAAAUGAUACAGAAUGCGAUGAUUGUUGAUUUAGAUGCACAUCAGGGUAAUGGGUACCAGCGCGACUUUCUCGGUGUACCCGAGGUUUAUAUAAUGGACAUGUACAAUCGGAAUAUAUAUCCAAGAGACAAGCAGGCUAAACAGGCUAUACGUAGGAAGGUGGAACUUGAUAACAGGGUUGAGGAUUCAGAGUACUUGGCCAAGUUAAGAAAGAAUUUAAUCGCUGCACUGAAUGAUUUCAAGCCAGAUAUCUUGGUAUAUAACGCUGGUACUGACAUUCUUGAUUCUGAUCCCCUUGGUCAUUUGAAGAUAAGUGAAGAUGGUAUCAUUAAAAGGGACGAAUUUGUAUUCGAACAGUGCAAACAGAACAACAUUCCAAUAGUCAUGCUGACAAGCGGAGGCUAUCUACGAAAGACUGCAAAAAUAAUAGCGGAUUCAAUAAUUAACUUGGAGAGAAAGGGUCUGAUAAAAGGCGGGAAAAUGACUGAAAUAAACGAAUAA